GUAAAUGGAUAAUGAUAGCACCAAAAUGAUAUGGAGCGAUGCUUCAGACAAACCCACAGACGGUCGAGGUUCGGCAGAACCAAGUGCAUCCAGCUCACGACAAUCGGAGACAAGCAAGACACUUUCAGAAGAUGAACUUUAUAGAAAAUGUACCAAAGCUACUCAAAUAGAUCUCCCACUACCCUCAUGGAAACUUUUUCAAAAUGCACAGAGGAUGCGACCCACAUCAUCAGGGUACUUUCCAAAGGCAAACAGAUUCAAUGACAUGUACCCAAAUUUUGGUUCUAAGCAACCACUUUAUACAACACAAAGUGAAGUUACUCUUGCUCCACAGCAGAAGCAUAACAACAGAUAUGUAGCUUUAGAUAUGAUAAGAUCUCCACCUGUUGCACGCAACUCACAUAACGAUAAUCAUUAUAUUGGACCGUUGAACAAUUCAUGUAGCACUUGCUGUUGCUCUUGCAUGGGACAUAAAACCAGUCAAUCUCGUGUAACUUUGAAUCCCGAGGAUGAAGAUGGGCCUCAGGGAUUGUCGUGGAGGCGAUUACAUAUGAGCAGAGCAAAACUCAAAGCCACUGCAACCACUUCUGAACUACUGAGUGGAUUUGCCAUGGUGGCAAUGGUCGAAUUGCAAAUAAAUGAGCCCACAGCGGUACCGGAAUGGUUAUUUGUCAUGUUUGCAAUAUGUACAACGGUCCUAGUAUCUGUUCACAUUUUUGCACUGAUGAUUAGCACGUAUCUUUUGCCAAAUGUAGAGGCGAUAAGUAAACUUCAAGUAGCUCGUUUGGUAACUGAAUCUCCUCAUGAACGAAUGCGUGGUUUCAUCGAAUUAGCGUGGGCGUUUUCAACGGUACUAGGAUUAUUUUUGUUCCUGGUAGAAAUUGCGAUUCUGUGCUGGGUUAAGUUCUGGGAUUAUUCUUUCACAGCUGCUACAGCUAGCACAAUAAUUGUGAUUCCCGUUCUUAUUGUUUUCAUAGCGUUUGCUGUACAUUUCUACCACUCUUUGGUUGUUUAUAAAUGUGAAGCAUCUGUUUCAGAUAUGAAAGAGUUAGAAAAUAUCAAACGAAAUUUAGACCAUGUCACAAUAAGCCAAAGUACUGUAUAAGAUGCAGAUACAGAUUUUUUAUAACGUAAAAACUGAAGAAUACUUAAUUUUAUAGCUAGAUGAGACGUGAAAACUGAGCAACAUAAUUGUCUGCUAAAAGCUCUGCUAAAAAAGUCAGCCGAUCUCAAUGACAUACUAUUUGUUAAGCAUCAUGCAGGUAUAAAUAUUGACAUACACAGCAAUUUUAAUUAUUCAAAGUCACUGUUCGGUGCAUCGAACUUUGGAACAUGAACUGUGUGUCAAAUGUGAAAGUUUUGGUUGCUGAAUACUUUGGAAAAGAGAAAUCACUUUCAAUUACAAAUGCACGACCAUGUCUGUGGCAAAUGCAGCGGUAUCAAUCUUCCAAAACUUUUCUUCCAAGUAUCAUAAGGUUGGAGCAUUCUCUCACGCCGUAGGUAUUAUGAACAUAUUUACAAAUGCAAUGUUAACAUUGGCCAUGACGAAGAUUCUGUGAGAUAAUUUCAUGAAGAAUUCUAUAAGGAUUCGAUUAUUCUUUCGGCUCGUAUAAGAGGCUCAAUUAUAUUUGUCAGAUGCAAGGUUCGGUUGAAGGCGGAAUAAAAUAUGCAAGAGUUUUCAUUAGUCUAGUUGAUUGAAAAAUAAAAUAAUGAAAUCAAGUGCAAUAAAUGGGCAACUGACUCUGUGAUAUUUUCUAUACCAUGAAAAAAAAUGACAAAAUCAGUGAAACAAUCAACCUUACCAAUCGAUAUCAUUGUUUUUAUUAUAAAUUUAACCACCAUGUAGACAAACUAAUGUGACUGACAAGUUGUUGCCAGUAACUGUAAUAAAACGAAUCAAGUACAAAUCAUUAGUCAAUAUGUAACGGGUCUUGAAGGCAUAGUGUACUUUGAGGAAAAAAGUCUCGUUGUAAAAAUUGCAAGCGUUACGGUAGUUAUGGAAGGGCACAUGAGGAACGGAUAUUCCAUAAGCAAAAUAAUUUAGAUAAACAAAUAAGGAUGAGAUUGGGCAUUCUGAUAUUGCCUCAUGGUACCUAAUUCAUAAAUGAGUCAAUAAAUACCAAUGACUUACUUAACAACGAGUAUAAAACAUCUCAGUGAAAAAAUCUUUUAGAAAUGAAACACAAUCAGGUAUAAAUAUACAUCGUCAACACUAAGGAAAAUAAUAAGGGACUAGAUUAUUGUAACCAGUGACGUUCAUCAAAAUUAUUAAUAAGAGAAGAUUAUAGAACAGAAUUGAUUUUUAAAGUUUUACUUUGCAAUUUUUAUUUCAAUUUGUUCUUGUUGUUGUUUUUAUACUAGCGUAAAUUGUAAUGCUAAUGUAUAGACUCUUUAAUUUAAACUUUAUACUUGGUUUAUAAAAACUAUAUAGAUAAUCUGAUAUUAUACAACCUUUUGUCAAGGAUUUGAUAGAUGACCGGAUUUUUUAAAACAAACAUCGGUGAAGUUUAUUACUUUUAAAAUUUGUCUGAUUUUCAUUUCUUUGCAAAUGCAUUCGAUUAGAGUUUGUAUAAGACUUGUUAACUCGUGAGUACUUUCCAAUAAUAUGUAUUAUGUCUUAUGUGUUUUAUAAACCAAGUGAUAGUCUUAUGGUCAUGAAUAAUCUCUACAGUAUUCUCAUCGCUCCCCUGCAAGAAAAGUGCUAAAAUAUCACGAUUCAAUAUUUCUACAGUAUAAUAUUGUGACAUACAUACAGAAUUAUUGUUACAGAAUGAUAAAUUCAAAAAGUAUUCGAAUCAAAACAAUUCAGAUCAGCAACAGGUUUUUGAUCUCAAAUGAUUACUUUCCGAAUUUUCUAAACUAAUAAGAGAUAUAUAACAUAUAAAACGUUUCCAAUGAAAAUCUUGAAAACAUUGAAAACUUGAUCGAGUAAUUUCAUUUUAUGCUUGUGUGAUAUGAUGAUAAAAUCUCAACUGCAAUUGGAAGCUAUUAACAUUCAUUUUUUCAGUUAUGGAUUAUGUGUCAGCGAAUGGUUAUUAUUUCAUUGCAAGAGAUACGAAUUCUAUUGAGACUGAACCAGCUUGAGAUCAGUUAUGAAAUAUGCAGCAAUUUAAAAAUCUAAA